AUGCGACAAGCCAAGGUGGCACCCUGCACGCAGCUGUCGAACCUGGGUCAGGAGAAGCCAGAGGAAGAGCCUAAUGAGCCUCAUGUGGCAGGAGCCAAGCCCAAGCUUUUGACAAAGCGCAGUGAGGCUUUCACUGUUGUGCCUGCAGGCCAGGCCCACGCGGAGAGUUGGGCAGAAGCGUUUGGACAACCUUUGCCUCUUGUUGGCAGGGCACAGCGAAUCGCGCGAUUGAUUGUGGCCAGUUGGUGCUCGGCCUUUCUGGUGGGCAUUUGCUGCGCCACCUCCCUGGCUGCCAGUGGGAUGUGGCCCGUCCCCGGCCACAAGAGCGGGAGCUUCUGGAGUGGCUUCCUGAACCGGCUGAUGAUGGCAGCUCUCAGCCCAUGCUUCCUGGGCUUCUUCUUUCCAGCAUUUUUCAAUCCAGCGCUUAUGACGAACUGGAGAUGUCACGCCUUCUUCCUCCGGGUGAGCCUCGUGCCCUUUGUCGUCACCAACGUGCCUUUUCCCUUUCUGGCCGGUGCAGGGAAAGAUGUCAGCGUCUUCUUCUCGACAUGUUUCUGGCCGACUCUUAUGUGCGUGGUAUUCGUGCCCUCCAUGGUGGCAGGCAUACGCUACUGCCGUGGAGACGACCACUGGCUAGGCCUGUGCUCCCAGGUGGAAUACAUCAGACAGCAAGGAAGGCACUUCUGUCUUGACCUGCUGUGUUUGGUGGCUUGUUGGGUUGCCGCGGUUCUGCCGGUGAACUACGUCGCUGUUGACUUUGCAGUGGUAGGCCCGAACAUGAGCGACAUGGUCGCUGCAGUGGCUCGACCUCUCAUCUCCCUGGUCCUGAAAUGGAUGAGCGUGGAAAUCUUUAAGGCCGCGGCAUCUCACCUCAACCCCGCGAUGCUUCGGUAUGGCAUGUUUCCUCUGGCCGUGAACGUGGGAUUGCACACGUCCCUGUCUGCGGCGCAGUGCCGCGACUGGCUCAGCGUCGGAAUCUGGGUGGUGUGCGACUGCGCCACGAUCGCGUGGCGAACCCAAAGAGCUCGACUUGCUGGAAGAAUUCGCAAGAGAUGUUUCGACGGGAGGCCUUGGCUAAGUGACGAAGAUCUCCUGAAACACCUGAGCUUCGAAGCGAUCGUUCUAGGCUGGGGACUCACGGCGGCCCUACUCAGUUUGCUGCUCCUCAGUCCACUGGCCUGGGUGCUCCCACGCAUGCUUAAGACGUUCCUCUUUACAUACGGCUUGGACAGCGUGAAAUUCCUCGCCGUCGUGUGCAUCUGUGACAUCAGUGCCGACAUCUUGUCAGUAGUCUACCUCACACAUCUAUGCAACUGCGAUUUCAGCCAGGUAUUUCUGCCAGUUCGUGACGUGUGUACCAGCUCACUGUCAGUUAUGUGGGCCCCUUACGCACUUGGAUGUUUCGGCUGGGUCUUUCAGCACAUGUGCGUUGCCACGUUUAAGGCGGAGUGUUAG